AACAAUAACUUCUAUUAAAUCCCAAAAUAUUUUUGUUCUCUUCAAAUCUACCAUUCCCAAUUUUCUCUCCCACACGCUUCCACUCUCCUCGCCGGAUUUCCCUCCAUGCAUACCUUUCCGUUCCCUUCAAUCUAGCUCCUUUGCUUUACUCUCCUCCCGAGAGCAUUCCUCUCAAACCUCUCGCCUAGCUCUUGCUUUCCUCAGAUCUACUUCUUCACUUCAAAACUGUUUCUUGUCUCAGUCUAAUUACUACCCAUAUUGCUUCUCAGAUCCAGGAUUUUGAAUUCCGUUCCUUCACGUAUUCACCGACGAUUUUCAAAUGGCGAAAGUCGCAAAAUUCUGUCUCGCUCUGCUUCUGCCGUUUUCCUUGUUGUGUUUCUCCGUAUAUGGACAAUCCCCGGAGAGUUCACCCAGUCCGGCGCCCGAACUUGGUGCAGACGUGCCUUCACCACAGGCUCCGGCGCCAAGCGUCGUCUCUCCGGCGAAUCCACCGUCGACUUGGUCUCCCCCGGCACCUUCUCCGGUAGAUCCCGCUCCAGCAUCCUCUCCUACACCGUCACAAUCCAAAUCUCCUGCACCGACGCCGUCACCAUCCAAUGCUGAUGUCCUCGGUCACGUCGAGGCCGCCACCGGCGAAGACGAAGCCAAAGACUCUUCCGGCGGAACGAGCAGUGGUAAGAAGGCCGGGAUCGUAGUCGGAGUGGUAGUAGCGGCUGGGGUAGUCGUACUGGCUGGGUUGGUCUACAAGAAGCGCCGGGACAACAUUCGGCGAAGCCAGUACGGGUACGCAGCGAGGAGAGAGAUCCUGUGAAAAAGGCGCCGAAACCAAACUCGCGAGCAGCAGAGCUCAGAGGUUUCAACAAUUUUUCUAUAAUCGUACUGCUAUUGGGUUAUUGUUACCAUAUCAUUGCUUUGGUACUUUGGUAGUUUAAUCGAAUACUUUGGGUAGAAUUAGUUUUUGGGGGGACUGUGAUUUAGCGUCUUGGUUACUGGGAUACUGAUUCUUCAUUCUUUGUUGGGUUGGAUAUUGGAUUUUCAUAUGCUUGCCAAUAAUGUCUUUUUACUGAUAAUGAAUCUCAGAAUUUUUAAAAAUAUAUAUGGAAUAAAAAUAAAAUCUGCUCUGCCUUUUUCCCUUA